UCACACACAUUCAAGUGCCUGAGCCAUGGGCAAUGUGCAAACGCGUCAGUUGGAUUCCCGCAAUGCGUCCAAUAGACGCAGCAGCAUAUUGUGGAACUUUCGCUAUCCGAAUGUGAAUCGCAGACGCGACGAUGUUGCGCUCAUUGUGCACAACUCCAGCUUAAGCAUAAGCGUUUGGCUAAAUUUGCUGGAACUGCAGCAAUAUGAAGAGAAUUUACAAAUGUAUGCCACAGUGGAUGAUGUGGGCGAUAUUAAUGAUAGAGAUCUGAAGCGUCUGGGCAUACGCAAUGCCGCUCAUAGACAAAAGUUACUCAACAGUUUGCUGGGCGUGCGAGCCAAGCGACGUCAGAGCAUGAAUUUGGAGGCUUUGAAUAGCGCGCAUCGUGCCGCAGUGCCGCGUCGCAAGAGCUCCUGCCCUUUAGAUUAUAUAGAAGCAGCACCAUUCGAACUAAGUGCGGGCAGCAGAGAUAGUUUGGCAGCGCCUGUGAUAACCACCAAGAGCGGCAAGGUGUUGAAGCAGCUGACUUUUGAUGAAACAACAACAAUCUAUGAGGAACUAAAGCCGCGCUCCAAGUGCAAUAGUCCGCAUUGGGGCCACAACUACAACAACAUGGACAACGGCAACAAUAGCAACUGCUCCACUCCGCUCGCCGCCUCGCCAAAUCCCAACGAGCAACAGGAGGCCAUUGCAUUGAAGAAAGCCUUGGAAUGGGAGCUCAGCCUGGAUGCACGUGAAUUGCGCUCCCAUGCCUGGUAUCAUGGAGCGCUGCCACGUCAGCGUGCCGAGGAAAUUGUGCAACGCGAAGGGGACUUUUUGGUGAGGGACUGCGCCUCUCAGCCGGAUAACUAUGUGCUUAGCUGCUAUAGCAAGUCGACCGUGUUGCAUUUUGUGCUCAAUAAGCUGGUGCUACAACCGGAGACUGUUUACGAGCGUGUGCAGUAUCAGUUUGAGGAGGAUGCGUUUGAUACAGUGCCGGAUCUUAUUACGUUCUAUGUGGGCUCUGGCAAGCCCAUUUCUGCAGCCUCUGGCGCUUUGAUACAAUAUCCUUGCAAUCGCACAUAUCCCUUAUCCUUUUAUGGCCACAAGAUUGUGGGCAAUCAGCUGCAUACACAAAUGCUCGCAGGGCUGCGUGGAUUGAGUCCCUUAAAUUCGCCUAUGAGCGGCAGCGCCAUUGGCGGUUCGGCCAUUUUUCGCUUUGGUCAACUGUCGGGCGAUGCUGGAACUGCAGCUGGAACUGGAACAACAACACAACCAACAACACCAGCGAGUCCCAACUGCUCGCCGCCGCGUAUACGACGUGAGGUGGUGCCGCCACCCAGAUUGCCCUGCAAGAAGCAGCAGCGCUCGCAGAGCUUGACGCCCGCUCAGGCUAUGGUAGUGAGCAACAUUAACAAACAGCAGGAGCAGCAGGCCACUGAGCUAUCGAAUGGACACAAUGGUCAUGGCAUGUCGCGUUUUCAGACCAUCGCGCGUUGUAAUCCCACAAGCGAUUUACAGCUGCAGCCGCAACAGCUGGAGAGCCGGUUCAGCACACAGUCACUGCCGCGUCCCAGCACCUCGGCGGCGCAGGCGCUGCGUCAGCAGGCAGCGGCCAGAAUGUUAUGCAGCUUGAGCAGAGAUGCACCGGAUAGACCACCAAGUCCGCCGCCAAAGCCACGCAAGGAACCCAUGGCGGCCGUUUUGGCUUAUCAAGCGAGUGGCUCGGAUUCUGGCAAUGGUUCGGGAGAUUCGGCACCUGGAGAUGUUGCCGAGUUGAGUCUGCAACGUGGUGGCGUCAUUAUAAAGAAUCCACGUUAUAUGAGCAGCUCAGCUUCCAAUGGCACGUUGAAGAGCUUCACGGAGUUUGAUGCUCUGGCCGCCGAGGAGUUGCUCUUCACAUUGCCCAUUGAAGAGAUUAAGCUGUGCAGCAAAUUUGAUUUCGAAAACUUUAGCACUUUGCUUUUGCCAUCGGUGGAGAACAAACCUUUGGAUGGCGAUGCCUUGAACACCUUCAAGAUGAUGUUGCUCGAAACUGGACCCAAGCUGCUGGCGGAGCAUAUAACACGCAUUGACAUAGGCUUAUUCCUGGAGCCAGCAGCAAAUGAAGAUGAUCACUAUUUAAGCUGCACGGGCUUGGAGCUGCUGACGCUGCCGCAUGGCAAAAUCUUCCGCGAUGAUAUUAUUGAACGCACGCAGUGCAUCAAGCUAAUGGUGGCGGUUACUAUACUCACCUGUCAAACGGAUAUGGAUCGCGCCGAGCUGUUAAGCAAGUGGAUACAGAUUGCAGUUGAGACCAAAACAGCGCUGGGCAAUCUCUUUGGCUUUUGUGCCAUUAUGUUGGGUCUAUGCAUGCAACAGAUACAAAAACUGGAUCAAGCCUGGCACAUUCUACGCCAGAAGUAUACUGACAGCGCUUUUACCUUUGAGGCCAAGCUGCGUCCCACUUUGAGCAGCAUGAACGAGGCGUCCAAUCCACAGGCGCCCAAUACGACAGUGCCCCAUGUGCUGCUUUAUGCUUUGCUCAUAGAUCGACCCUUGCUGGACAUUAUAAAUCAUGCCAAUAUGGAUGAGCGCCCAGCGCUUUAUACCACCUGCAUUGCACCCUGGGAAUCCAAGGCUGAUGACUUUGGCAUGUGCAUAAACUUUCAACACUUGGAGGCCUCGCGUGGCUUUUUGAAAAAUCUGGAGCUGUAUCGCAAGAAUGCCAAAAAUGUGCUGGAGGAAGCCAGCACCAGACUGGAUGAGCUGCUCGCUGAUGCUUUUCGCACUGAAUUCCAUGUGAAAUUUUUAUGGGGUAGCUCGGGUGCCACCGCCAAGCCGGAGGAUCGUCAUGGCAAGCUCGAAAAGGUGCUAACUUUGAUGGCUGAUAAAUUCUGCAGCGUCACUGCCUAAAUUUGUAAAAACCCACGACACAAAAAAAACCAAAAACAUCCCACAAUAUUAGAAAGCAACGAUAUUAACUACUAUCUAGUUUCUAACACUAACAAUAAUAAACACUUGGUACUAGUCCUUUUAUCAUUUGUAACCAACUCUUGUCUAGCUCCCUAUUAUUAUCUUAAAUUUCUACCUCAGCCUACUAUAUUUUAGCACGAAAAAAAAACUUUAAAUAGUUAUGUUACAGUUCAAAUUAUUUAUACAAAACAAAAAACCAAAAAUAUAUAGCAAUGAAAACUAUUUAACAAUUUAGUUAGGGGAACUAGCUUACACUGAAUGUAAUCAAAAUAAAGCAGCGUUGACUUUCAGAGAGAGUUGGCAACACAACAAAUAUAAAAAAUAAUUAAAACUUGAAUUUAAACAAGCAAGCACACUACCAAAGGCAUUUAUAGUCUAGUACUGAACACAUAUAAUACGUAUACACACAAUUAAAUAUUAAUAUUCAACUCAACUAUAGAUUGGACAAUAUACACUUAA